UCGUCUGCUCCCUUCUCCCUGCAGCCUCCUCCAGGCCGAGCCUAUCACGUGCCCAGGGUGGGCAGGGUCCAAGGUCCUGCAGGGCAGGGGCAGUGGAGGUGAGGGCUGGCGGCCUGCUGCAGCAUGAGGCGGCUGUGCUUCCUCCUGGGCGUCCUGCAGCUUCUUGCUGCUGCCACCGCCGUGUACAAGCAGUGGAUCCCCAACACCAAUUUUGAAACCGCCUCCAACUGGGAUAAAGGCAGAGUCCCCUGUGCCAGCAAUGUAGUUCAUUUUGAGAAGAACAAGGUCGUCUCGGUGUUUGUGAGGUCUCCCCACACACUGACAGACAUGUACCUGCCCCUGAAUGGAGAGCUCCUGCUGGCAGCUGGUGCAGGAUUCGCAGCUUUUGAUGGCAGCUGGGAUCCAGGCUGUGACUCAGGUGCAACAGUGAGGUUUUCUGAUACCGAGCACCACACGUGGUUCGACCCCACACUGUGGCAGGCUGUGUCCCCCAGUGGGGAGCUCGAGUCAAGCAGGCACAUCUUUUCUGUGGAUGAGGAACGUGUCCCAUGCCGCUACGAUGAUGUUAUCUUCCAGCCUGAAACCUCCUUCAGGGUAAACGUCGACUCAUCGCAGCAAGUGAUUCAUCUCCGCAGCAUCUCUCUCAUGGGCCAGGAGCUGAGCAGCCCUGAGGCCUGGGCCAGGUACCUGCGGAGCCCCUCCGCCGCGCUGCAGUUCCACGGCAAUGGCACUCUGCAGGUGACGGGUUCCGGCUGCAUGGACAAGUCCGGCUGUGCCUGCGGGAACACACUGGAUGGCCACCGCAUCUGCGCAGCCCUGCUCAGGGCAUCAGGAGGGCAGUGCCCAGCGCUAGCCUGCCGGAGCCCUUUGCAGCCCCUUGGCCACUGCUGCCCGAUCUGCGGAGCCACCAUUAACCUGGAUUUCACACCUAAUUUUGACCUACAGAAGUACCAGAACAGACUGAUCCAAGCCUUGCUGAGCCAGCCCAAGUACACCGGCAUGCAGAUGGCCAUAUCCAAGGUGCAAAAAGAACAGACCUUCCUGGGAGUCAUACCCCGAAGUUCCACUCCUGUCAUCCAAAUUGUGCUGAUCCAUGAGGGAACAGGAGUGCAGACCAGCAGCACUGUGGAGCAGCUGGCAGCAGACAUCAUGGAGGACAUAGCACAGCAUGGUGAAGCACUCGGCAUUUCAAGUGGCAAAAUGGAGGUGGCCACUGGCAACGCUUUCAGUGAGCAAGUGGGGAGCCAUGCAUUGAGCAGGAUCACAAUGGGGACAGUCCUGGCGCUACUCUUCGGUCUCCUGUUCCUUGGAGGAAUGCUCUUUCUCCACAGAAAGGGAAAGCUAAGGUCUCUCCCCAGGUUGCCUGCCCUGCACCUUUCACAACUCUGGGACAGAGUGGAGGAGCUGGCACCCCCUGCACCAGGCAGUGAGAAAGGCUUCGACAACCCCAUGUUUGAUGUGGAGCCACCAAGAGCUGACCAUGGAGAGGAGACACCGCAGGAGAUGGCUCACAGAGACCACCCGGUUUUCUACCUCAACCCUCUGUACGAUGAAAAUGAGACAGAGACCUGAUGGUAUGACCUCAUGCUGAGGCAUCCACCACCUCCAUGGAGACACCACUGCCUCUCCAGCCCUCCCAGCCCCUCACAUUGCUCUUGGGGAGAUACAAACCACAAGCAGAUCCCACCUGAAUAAAAGUGUUCCGAAGAAGGAAAUCUUCGCCAUUAGGGCUCAGC